AUGGAUCGGUUGAAACAGAUCCUGAACUUUCAGUUGAACUCGCGCCCUACCAUCUACAAAAUCACCACCUCCAACAUUCAACUCCUCCCUACAUCUUCACGACAUCGCCCCACCUCCAGCCCUACCAUCUACAAAAUCACCACCUCCAACAUUCAACUCCUCCCUACAUCUUCACGACAUCGCCCCACCUCCAGCCCUACCAUCUACAAAAUCACCACCUCCAACGUUCGACUCCCCCCACAUCUCCACGACUUCGCCCCACCUCCCGGCCAAUCAGCUACAAGCUCACCAACUCCAACUUUCAACUUCCUCCUACGUCUCCGCGAAAUCACCCAACCUUCAGGCCUACCAUCUACAAAAUCACCACCUCCAACUUUCAACUCCUCCCUACAUCUUCACGACAUCGCCCCACCUCCAGCCCUACCAUCUACAAAAUCACCACCUCCAACAUUCAACUCCUCCCUACAUCUUCACGACAUCGCCCCACCUCCAGCCCUACCAUCUACAAAAUCACCACCUCCAACAUUCAACUCCUCCCUACAUCUUCACGACAUCGCCCCACCUCCAGCCCUACCAUCUACAAAAUCACCACCUCCAACGUUCGACUCCCCCCACAUCUCCACGACUUCGCCCCACCUCCCGGCCAAUCAGCUACAAGCUCACCAACUCCAACUUUCAACUUCCUCCUACGUCUCCGCGAAAUCACCCAACCUUCAGGCCUACCAUCUACAAAAUCACCACCUCCAACUUUCAACUCCUCCCUACAUCUUCACGACAUCGCCCCACCUCCAGCCCUACCAUCUACAAAAUCACCACCUCCAACGUUCGACUCCCCCCACAUCUCCACGACUUCGCCCCACCUCCCGGCCAAUCAGCUACAAGCUCACCAACUCCAACUUUCAACUUCCUCCUACGUCUCCGCGAAAUCACCCAACCUUCAGGCCUACCAUCUACAAAAUCACCACCUCCAACGUUCGACUCCCCCCACAUCUCAACGACAUCGCCCCACCUCCCGGCCAACCAGCUACAAACUCACCAACUCCAACAUUUAACUACCCCCUAAGUCUCCACGAAAUCACCCCACCUUCAGGCCUACCAUCUACAAAAUCACCACCUCCAACUUUCAACUCUCCCCCACGCUUCCACGACUUCGCUCCACCUUCAGCCCUACCAUCUACAAAAUCACCACCUCCAACUUUCAACUUCCCCCCUCGCCUCCAGGACUUCGCCCCGUCUUAA